GCUAUCAUUGCCUCACCCUGACCCCACCCUCACUAAACAUCCUGAAAUAUCAGUCUGCAGGUUAUUAAUGACAUUGUGCCUAAGGAGGGUCAGUGAGUGAGUGAUGUAAUAUGGUUAUGUCCUAAUAUGGUACAGUAAAAACUUCUACCAGACAGUCCUUUGUUUUUUUUGUUUUUUUGGGUUCAUCUGCCCCGAGAGUGAAACCAAUCAAAACUAUUCGAGUGGGAGUACGGGCGCUAUUGUUGUGAAUAGUAUCUCGUGUCAGAGAGGAAACGUUUCUAGUCUCCGCAAAAAACUAACCUUAGAAAGAGGAAGUUCGUGGUUGAGUCCCCACUUUGUAAGGACUCCUAAGAAAUGCAGUGUUUUUCAACGUGGGCGAUACCGCGCUAAUAAAUGGAGAUGUUGGAUGGGAGCCGGCGGCUCAUGGAGGAAGGACGCUGCACAGAGGAGACAGGAGGACACCGGGGAAACACUUUGGUUCAACUUCUCCUUCAGAAAGACCCACGAAGACAGCGAAUGGCCCAGUGUUUAGCCGUGGCGCUACUACUGAUGAUUUCCGCAGCUCUGGCUUUAAUGAUCACGGUGUUGCUUGGAGGACGAGGAGCGGACAGAGAGCCGACGAUGCAGCCUGACAGCCAUGCAUCAGGGUCCAUUGGCCAACAGCAGCAACAGGAAGACGACAAGAAUCCAAGUGCCAUGCUUACAGCUCCUACAGGCAACAACACUGACGGGCAAAACCUUGAAUGGGAGAGUGAGAUUGGACAUGUUUUCUUACAUGGAGGUUUCAGCUACUCGAAUGGGAAUCUUGUGGUGCCAAGGAAGGGCAUCUACAGGGUCUUCCUGCAGAUCACCUAUGAGAGCAAGGAUAACCACAAGUGUGACAAGCAAGAGAAACUCACCAACAGGGUGUUUUAUAUCCAGGAUAAUUACCCGGACGAAAUUCUUCUCUUGUCAUCGGUCGACACAGUGAGUUGCAGUUUGAAUUUGUGGACUAAAUCCCUCUAUACUUCUGGCUUGUUCUCCCUGGAGGCUCAAGACAGACUAUUUGUGAGAUCAUCCCACCGUGGCCUUAUUGCUAAGAAUGAACACCAGGUGUUCUUUGGUGCUGAACUUCUGCCUCAGUAGUCUCGUCAGUCAAUCUGAUUUUGAAGUUGUUUGUGCCUUUAACUCCAUGGAAAAUUAAGGGGGUAUACCAGAGUAUUUUUAUGGUUUUCUUGUACUAUUACUUCUCAUGAAGAGUUUAAACCCACUGAUGAAUAUGCUACACUGACAAGCUGCUACUAGCUGCCCAACUAUUGCUUUGCUUUAUCUUAUUGAGGUUAUAAGCUACAUUGUGUUAAACUCAUUAAUAUCAGCUCACAAAGACAUACUGAUGGCUUAACAAUGAUUCCGCUAUGAUACACUAAUCUAAAGAGCAGAUAUGUUCUGGCAAAAUAGGCAAUGUCAGCUGUAUUAAAUAUAUUCUAUAAUUUAUUCGAUAUGUUUUUUAAGCAUUGUAUUAUCUUUUAUUGUCUAGAAACAAGUUGAUUGAUUGAUUGUGAGCAAAUAAUAAGCAAUUUUUCAAAAAGUUGUUCAUCAAUAAGGAAAGCAUUUCAUAGGUGAGGAUUUCUGUCACUUAAAUGCCUGUGAUUUGGGUGAUUGGUCAGACAAAGUAAGGAAUUUGAAGACCACACUUUUGGCUCUGUAUAGUAGUCAGCAUUUCUUAAGUGUGUUCUGUCAUCUUUCAGACUUAAAAAAAUUGAUUGAUUACUAAAAAUAUAGUGAAUUGAUCUGGCCAUUUGCUUAUAAGAUGAUACUAGUCUUUCUUUGCAAGUGUAUUUCUGUAGAAUUUUGUCAAAAGCUUUAUUCUUUGACAAAAGAAUUCAUGAUGAAUGAUACAUUUGUCAAAAGCUUUAUUCUUUGACAAAAGAAUUCAU